CCGCACUACCAUGUUUGACGGCUGCCUCCUGCCCCUCGUCGUGCCCUGCCUGCUGCUCUGCGGACUGGACGCCGGCACAGCUGGCGGAGCGGAGCUGGAAAUGGUGAUCCCCGAGCGAGUGCCGCUGGAGAAGAUCCACCUGCUGCCGCCCGGAGGGGAUCGCGGCGGCCCCCGGCGCCGGCGGGCAGCGGCGGAGCAGGAGGAGGAGGAGGAGGAGGCUGUGCUGCUCCGCCUGCCCGCCGCCGGCGCCGAGCUGUACCUGCACCUCCGCCGCGACCUGCGCUUCCUGGCCCGGGGCUUCGCGGUGGAGCGGCGGCGCGGGGAGGCGCGGCGGCCCCCGCGGGAGCGGCUCUGCUUCUACUCGGGACACGCGCUGAACCGCAGCGACUCCUUCGCCUCCCUCAGCACCUGCGCCGGGCUGGUUGGCUACAUCCAGCUUGGAUCAGAGCAGCUGCUGAUCCAACCUGUGAAUGCAUCUGAGACCUCGUUCAGUGGGAAGGAACAUUUCAUCAGGCGGAGACGAUCCACCAAGCCCGGCCAUCCCUCCAGGCCACAGGGCCCUGAGGAGCACUGCAAGGUUGUAGCAGAAAAGAAGAGACAGAAGAAAGUGAAGUCCACGAGCGACUGGCGGGAGCGGAGGAACGCGAUUCGCCUCACCAGCGAGUACACGGUGGAGACGCUGGUGGUGGCAGAUGCUGACAUGGUGCAGUACCACGGAGCAGAGGCUGCCCAAAGGUUCAUCCUCACUGUUAUGAAUAUGGUGUACAACAUGUUCCAGCAUCAAAGCCUGGGAAUUAAAGUCAACAUUCGAGUGACCAAACUAGUCCUGCUUCACAGUCGCCCUGCAAAGUUGUCCAUCGGGCAUCAUGGAGAGAGGUCUCUGGAGAGCUUCUGUCAGUGGCAAAAUGAAGAAUAUGGUGGGGCAAAAUACCUUGGUAACAACCAGGUUCCUGGUGCCAGAGAUGACACCCCUCCUGUGGAUGCUGCUGUUUUUGUGACCAGGACAGAUUUCUGCGUGCACAAAGACGAGCCUUGUGACACUGUGGGAAUUGCUUACCUAGGAGGUGUCUGCAGUGCCAAGAGAAAAUGUGUUCUUGCUGAAGACAAUGGUCUCAAUCUGGCAUUCACAAUUGCACAUGAACUUGGGCACAACAUGGGGAUGAGCCACGAUGAUGAUCAUCAGCCCUGUGCUGGGAGGUCUCACAUCAUGUCUGGAGAAUGGGUGAAGGGCAGGAACCCAAGCGACCUUUCCUGGUCUUCGUGCAGCCGAGACGACCUGGAAAACUUCCUAAAGUCCAAGGUGAGCACCUGCCUGCUGCUGACUGACCCCCGGAGCCAAUAUUCCGUGCGGCUCCCUCACAAGCUGCCGGGGAUGCACUACAGCGCCGAUGAGCAGUGCCAGAUCCUUUUUGGCACCAACGCCACCUUCUGUAAGAAUAUGGAGCAUUUGAUGUGUGCUGGGCUCUGGUGCCUGGUGGAAGGAGACACAUCCUGUAAAACAAAGUUGGACCCCCCUCUGGACGGCACCGAAUGUGGCGCAGACAAGUGGUGCCGAGCUGGGGAGUGUGUCAGUAAAACCCCCAUCCCUGAGCACGUGGACGGGGACUGGAGCGUGUGGAGCCAGUGGAGCAUGUGCAGCCGGACGUGCGGAACAGGGGUGCGCUUCAGGCAGCGGAAAUGUGACAACCCCCCCCCAGGGCCGGGUGGGAAGAACUGCCGGGGGGCCAGCGUGGAGCACACGGUGUGUGAGAACCUGCCCUGCCCCAAAGGGGUGCCCAGCUUCAGGGACCAGCAGUGCCAGGCCCACGACAGGUACACCAACAAGAAGAAAAGCCUCCUGACAGCUGUCAUCGUGGAUGAUAAGCCAUGUGAGCUCUUCUGCUCCCCACUGGGCAAGGAUUCUCCUGUGCUGGUGACAGACAGAGUCCUGGAUGGAACUCCCUGUGGGCCUUAUGAGACAGACCUCUGUGUACAUGGCAAGUGCCAGAAAAUUGGCUGUGAUGGGAUCAUUGGCUCAGCUGCCAAAGAGGAUCGCUGUGGGAUCUGCAGUGGUGAUGGGAAAACCUGCAAAGUGGUCAAAGGAGACUUCAACCACACCAAGGGCAUGGUAUCCAAUAGUCAUUGUAAGAAGGUUUCCACAUGUGUGAUGGCAAAGGCAAAGGCUGUUCCCAAGUGUUUCUCGUGUUACAUCGAAGCCGCUGUGAUCCCUGCGGGUGCCCGGCGGAUCAGAGUGGUUGAGGACAAACCUGCUCACAGCUUUCUGGCUUUAAAAGAUUCCAGUAAGAGAUCCAUUAACAGCGACUGGAAAAUUGAGCUUCCUGGUGAGUUUCAGAUCGCAGGCACCACUGUCCGGUACGUGCGAAGGGGGCUGUGGGAGAAAAUCUCUGCCAAAGGACCAACUAAAAUACCACUGCACUUGAUGGUGCUGUUAUUCCACGACCAGAAUUAUGGAAUUCAUUAUGAAUACACCAUCCCUGUAAACUAUACUGCUGAAAACAGAAGUGAGCCAGAAAAGCAACAGGAUUCCUUGUACAUCUGGACACACAGCGGAUGGGAAGGAUGCAGUGUGCAGUGUGGAGGAGGUGAGAGGAAAACCAUCGUGUCCUGCACUCGGCUCAUUAACAAGACCAUGACACUGGUGAAUGACAGUGACUGCCAGCGAGUGACCCGCCCCGAGCCCCAGGUCAGGAAAUGUAACACACACCCCUGCCAGUCACGGUGGGUGACUGGCCACUGGAGUCCCUGCUCUGCCACUUGUGAGAAGGGUGUGCAGCACCGGGAGGUCACUUGUGUUUAUCAGCUGCAGAACGGCACCUACGUCAACACCAGGGACCUCUACUGCCUGGGCAGCAAACCAGCCACGGUGCAGAGCUGUGAGGGACGGGACUGCCUGUCCAUCUGGGAAGCAUCAGAGUGGUCAAAGUGCUCAGCAGACUGUGGCAGGGGAAUUCAGAAAAGAACAGUGACGUGCACAAACUCUCAAGGGAAAUGUGAUGCAGCCACCAGGCCGAGAGACGAGGAGGAGUGCGAGGAUCACACAGGCUGCUACGAGUGGAAAACGGGAGACUGGUCCAAGUGCUCCUCGACGUGCGGCAAGGGGCUGCAGUCGCGCGUGGUGCAGUGCAUGCACAAAGUGACCGGGCGCCACGGCAGCGAGUGCCCGGCGCUGGCCAAGCCCGCGGCCUACAGGCAGUGCCACCAGGAGGUCUGCAACGACAGGAUCAACGUCAACACCAUCACCUCGCCCAGGCUCGCUGCCCUCACCUACAAGUGCACGGGGGACCAGUGGACAGUGUACUGCAGGGUGAUCCGUGAGAAGAACCUGUGCCAGGACAUGCGGUGGUACCAGCGCUGCUGCCAGACGUGCAGAGACUUUUAUGCAAACAAGAUGCAGCAGAAGAGUUAAUGAACCUGUGCCACUCCUUAGAGUCUUCCAGCUGUUUGUAUGUAAAUCACAGACUAGUAGGUCUGAGUACUGGAACUUCAUGAGUUGCUACAGCGUGGUGGAUCCCAAAGCACACCUAAUGAGACUUGAAACUAAUCCUACAGACUGGAUACCAAAGUCAUCUGCUCAUCCACCUUAAAAAAAACACACAGAAAGGGUCAUCUCAAGGAGCCAAUCAUUUCUGAAUAUUUUGACAUCCUCACAUUUUUUGUUAAGGCUUUUUUAAUAUAUUAAAUCACCAGCCACUGGAUGGCUUGCUACCAUUAAAGAAAAGGACAAGAGUUGCAAAGUGAUUAUAUUGGAUAAGGUUAUGGGUACCUCCAUGGAGGAAGGCCUCUGGCAAAAUAAUUCAGCAAAGAACUGUGUGAACUAUCAUUGCUGGGAAUCAAAGGUGCUUCUCCACAGCAGGAACAUUUUCCUUCUGGUGCUGAUCUGUGACCCUCUCUAGGCUAAAGGUAGGACAUAGGAGAGGAAGGAUUUUAGGUUUUGUGUUUUUCAGUAACAAUUCACUACUGGCCACUGGCCAGAACAGGGUGCUGGGCUGGUUAGACCUCUGGCCUGACCCAGCCUGCUGGGUCCUGGACCCAAAGGACACUUUAGGUCCAAGUUCUGAGUCCUACCUAAGGAAACAGGAAUUUACAAGGAUUUUUUUCAACUGUAUGAGCACUCAGAAAAAAACACCUCACUUGCUCUCACAGAUUAGCAUGCAUCAACCUUGUAUUUUUUAUAAUCAAACCUCCCCAACAUUUUUAAGAACUGAUGGCACAACACAGCUCAAUUUUAUUCAAUUCUCUUACUUCACAUGGUGACAACCAUCCCAUCACAUAACAGCCAGAAAAAUAAUAACCAAAAAAAAAUCUAAUUCUGUCCAAUAUUCCUGCACUUCUGGUUUUUAUCACUUUAUAGGAGCUUUACAAUGAAGUCACAGCUAUGCUCUGCCCUCAGUUCCACAUUCUGGUGAAAAUAAAAGCUGUUUGUUUCAGUGUAUCUACGACAAUACUUUUCUUAGUUGUUCAUAAAAGAUUGAUGCUCUUUUGAUUACAGUGGUGGUAUUUCCAUAUUGUAAACAAUACUCUGUACUGUUACUAAAGUACUGUACAUUUCUAGUUGCACAAUUGUGUUAUUGAGUGUAGAUUCUCACUAUCUCAUGUAUGGUGCUAUUUUUUGUCGGUGGAAAAGAAUCUUAGCAGUCGAUUAUUGCUUGAUAUUUUAUUAUAAUACAGGGAUAUAUUCUCCAUGGCAAUAAUAUCAUUUAAGUUUUCUCAUUACAGAGUGAAAUGUAUAUAUUUUUCCAUUAGCUAAUUUGCAUAUGUACUGUAUCCAUGGUAAUUUUCUUCUUGGUGCUGGUUAUAAAUAGAAAAAGAUAAAAAACAGUCUAACUGAAUGGAACCAGUUGUAAAUGAAAGCCAAAAAAAAAAAAGUCAUUCCAUUUUGAGCAAAUUGAAUAUGUUGAAUAAUAAAUUUUAUUUUUUUCCAUAACAA